AGUGUUCCAGGCUAUAGUUCAGACUAGAUACAGAUCUAGGAUCAGCUUCCUCUCCCACAAUCUUAACCUUGACCAUUAGUGGAUUUUUUGUAUUCUUUAAACUGACCCAACAUCAGCAUCUAAGGGCAACUUCACACUACUCCUCCCAGUGUAAUGAUAGGCAGGGCCUGGAGUUUGUCCUCACCAGGUGACCAGGCCAGGGAAAAACUCCUGGCCCUAGUUGUAAAUGGAAUGUCUCAACACUACUGUGGUUUAUAUAUGAAUACUGGGUCCAUGUGUUUUUCACUUUGAAUGGUUUCCUCAUUGGACGCUUCCCUCUGUGUGUAGUGGUCGUGUGUUCAGGUCAACUGGCUUGAUGCUUGGUCCAACGUGGAUUGAUCAUGUAUAAGUUAUUACAGGUGAAGAUCUUAAAUGUAUUUUAGUCAGUUAGCAGACGCUCUUAUCCAUAGCAACUUACAAGAGCAUUUAGGGUUAAGUGCUGUGCUCGAGGGCACGUUGACAGAUUUUUCAGCUUGUCGGCUAGGUGAGUCCAACCUGCGGCCUUUCAGUUAUUGGCUCAACACUCUUAACCGCUUGGCUACAUCCUUAUGAAUUUGUAUUUGUGCAGUGGGGAACCAAAGUACAAUAAUUAAGACUACAUUUCCAUUAACCUGUCAAUAAGACAGAUUCCCUAUCAGACUGAUAGACUGUAACGAUGUAGAUAGAUUUUAUAUCAUUGUGAACAGAUUUCCGGAAGCACUGGACAGGUGCCUGGGCGAGCAAGGCCUGUUGGUGGUUGAGAGUUUGUUGCUCGUCUCUGUUCGUACUUGGACGCAGGGAUGAGGAGGAGGAAGGCGCAGGGUUCCCAGACGCCAGCACACUCCUUGCCCUGGAAACGAACCUGGCGACCCAGCAGUUACAAGGAGAGAGAGUGCUGACUGGAAUGAGAUCUGAUCCUGAACCCAAGUAGUUAGUGAAAGGAGAAUCCAGCACAUUGUGGUUACAGGUCACUGUGAAGGACAACAUGUUAUUUAGGUGUUUAGCUAUUACUCAAGACUAUCAGAAAUCCCUUUGGCUAUUUAUAUACAGUACCAGUCAAAUGUUUGGACACACCUACUCAUUCCCAAGUGGGCUCCAGAGUGACACAGCGGUCUUAGGCACUGUGUCUCAGUGCUAGAGGUGUCACUACAGACUCUGGUUCGAUUCCAGGCUGUGUCACAACCGGCCGUGAUUGGGAGUCCCAUAGGGCUGCUCACAAUUGGCCCAGCGUAUUCUGGGUAAGGGUUUGGCCGGGGUAGGCUGUCAUUGUAAAUAAGAAUUUGUUUUUACCUGACUUGCCUAGUUAAAUAAAGGUUCAAAAAAAUACUUUGAAAGUUUCUUCAAGUGCAGUCGCAAAAACCAUCAAGCGCUAUGAUGAAACUGGCUCUCAUGAGGACCACGACAGGAAAGGAAGACCCAGAGUUACCUCUGCUGCAGAGGAUAAAUUCAUUAGAGUUCACUGCACCUCAGAUUGCAGCCCAGAAUAAAUGCUUCAGAGUUCGAAACAUCUCAACAUCAACUGUUCAGAGGAGACUGAAUCAGGCCUUCAUGGUCGAUUUGCUGAAAAGAAGCCACUACUAAAAGACACCAAUGAGAAGAAGAGACUUUGCUUGGGCCAAGAAACAUGAGCAAUGGACAUGACUGGGGGGAAGUCUGUGCUUUGCUCUGAUGAGUCCAAAUGUGAGAUUUUUUGUGAGAUUCAGAGUAGGUGAACGGAUGAUCGCCGCAUGUGUGGUUCCAACUGUGAAGCAUGGAGAAGGAAGUGUGAUGGUGUGGGGGUGCUUUGCUGGUGACACUGUCUGUGAUUUAUUUAGAAUUCAAGGCACACUUAACCAGCAUGGCUACCACAGCAUUCUGCAGCGAUAUGCCAGUCCCAAUAAGUGCAAACGAGAUGGGAUAUCAUUUGUUUUUCAACAGAACAAUGACCCAACACACCUCCAGGCUGUGUAAAGGCUAUUUGACGAAGAAGGAUAGUGAUAGAGUGCUGCAUCAGAUGACCUGGCCUCCACAACUCAAUUGAGAUGGUUUGGGAUGAGUGCCCAGCAUAUGUGGGAACUCCUUCAAGACGGUUGGAAAAGCAUUCCUCAUGAAGCUGGUUAAGAGAAUGCCGAAGAGUGUGCAAAGCUGUCAAAGCAAAGGGUGGCUACUUUUAAGAAUGUAAAAUCUAAAAUAUAUUUUGAUUUGUUUAACACUUUUUUGGUUACUACAUGAUUCCAUAUGUGUUAUUUCAUAGUUUUGAUGUCUUCACUAUUAUUCUACAAUGUAGAAAAUAGUGAAAAUAAAGAAAACCCCUGGAAUGAGUAGAUGGGUCCAAACUAUUGACUGGUACUGUAUUCUGUAUUACAUUUCAAAUAUAUAUUUUUCUACUGUUACAUUGUUUAGAAUUAGAGUGCAUUCUCAUUGUGUGCUUCAGUUAACCCGUAGCCUACUCUUUGAUUUACUAAGUUUUACUAACUUGUUCGUUUUAGGUUGUAUGCCAAUUCUGUUUUUUGUGUAGAACUAAAUAGUAAAAUAAUCAUUUUUGGAGGACAACGUGUGUGUUUGAUUAAAUUCACUACUUCAAUGAAAGUCAAAGAAGGCUGAUUUUAAAAAAUAUAAUAUUCCUUUCAGGAGCAGCUACAAUAUGAUACAGCAACCGGUAGCAAUGUUGGAACCAACAUACGUCGUGUGUAAUCAACCUUUAUUUUGAAAAACGAUCCAGGAAGUAGGUGACAUCUUGUUUCCGGAACAAGAAGAGUUGUGUGAAGAAGCGUACAGUUUAUGUUGGAAAAGUCUUAAGACGUUGACUGAACAAUGCAAAUUAUUAUAACAUAAGCGUUUAACAUAGAGCCAAGAAGAUGUCCGAUACUGUAGCCUUUCAUGCUCAGCUAGCCUCCAUCAUUGAGGUUUUGGCAAAUGCAGCCGUUGCCGAAAUCUGCAAACUUGUAGAUGACGGCCAUGCUGCCUUACGGUUGGAAAUUUCCCAGAGUCAGAAAGAAAUCGACAACCUGCGGAGGAAGCUGCUUUUGACAAAAUUCCAGAAUUCUCGACGGAACGCAGAUAAAUUGGGAGUCCUGCGACGCACAGUUCACAGACGCGUGGACACCGAUAAUUUUACCCGGGCAAGAGAGAACUUCGUAGAAAAGCCAACAGACAGACUUGGAUAUUUGCAGAAUUGUUUUGCCGACAGUGAAGGGAGCAACUUUACGCAGAAUGUAGCCAACUGGAGAGACUCUGGGCGUACAGCAACAGACCGGGAUUGGGGUAUGCAGAUGGCAGAUAUGCAGGAGGCACCUCUUAUCAAAAUGGAGAACCAUGGCACCAGCAGAACAGAAGAGAUUGUCCAACCAGUCAGUGAGAGCAGUGAGAAGAUCAUUGUGGCAGAACCAGGUUCUUCAUCAUCUACUGAACCCACAGACCUUCUGGACCAGCAGGGCAACCGAGAAAAAGCUCCAGACACCUCACUCAAUAUAGAACCUGAAAACCAGACGUUCCAGCAUCCAGCGUCACAAUACAACAGAACAAGACAGGACCAUCAGGUUGCUGAGGGUGUGACCUGGGAAACUGACCAUCAACCCAUAGAAUACAGCCUGUCCCAAUGGACAGAGAACCAAGAGACUGACAACUCCAAAAGGCUGUCUGAACAUCCAGGGAGGAGAGGGGCGCCUGGUAACUCUGGGGUCUGCAUGUCUGCUUCAGGCUCUCUGGAUUGGCUGCCUGAUGUGGUGAUGGUGGACUCAGUUCCCAUUAAAGUGGAGGCAGAUAUGAGUUCAGAAUGGAGCAUAACUGGCCAAGAGACGACAUCUGGAGAGGUCUGUUCAGAAAGCAGGCAACUUGUGGACAACAGAGGAAGAGGGGGAAUGGAGUCUGGACAGACAAAGUGUCCCCCUGACACUCAACAUGCAGAGCAAGGGACAACUGUAGGAUCAAGGUCCAAGAUGUCAGAUUUCAAUGGACUGUCCACACGAAACAGAUUUUCAUCCCCAAGGGUUACUCUCCACCAGGUUCCCCAAAGAGGGAAGCCAGCCCACUUCCCGAAUUUCAACAGAGGCUCCACUUCAUCACCGAAAGGCAUAGAAAAGCAGCCACAACAGCUGACGUCUCACUCGCCCAAGGGGCAACUCCGGUGCAGCCUCUGUGGAAAGCCCUUCCACCAGCCGGCGCACCUGCGGAGUCAUAUGCGGGUCCAUACGGGGGAGAAACCGUACGGCUGCAGCCACUGCACCAAGCGCUUCUCCCACAGCCACCAGCUGAAGAUGCAUGAGAGGGUGCACACCGGAGAGAAACCAUUUCAAUGUGUCUACUGCGGGAAGUCCUUCACCCAGUCCGGCAACAUGAAGAAGCAUCUCCUUGUCCACACUGGUGGCAGGCCACAGGAUAUUGGGCUGCCCUGAGUGUUCCAGGGUGAAGUGUCUCCUUGGUACAGAUCUAGGAUCAGCUUCCUCUCCCACAAUCUUAACCUUUACCAUUAGUAGAAAGAAAUGCUAAACUGACCCAACAUCAGUGUCUAGGGGCAAUUUAACACUACUCUACCAGGCGUAAUGAAAUGCAGGGCCAGUAGUUUUUCCUCAGAAUGUGACCAGACCGGGGGAAAACUCCUGGUCCUAGUUGUAAGGGCUCCACACUCGUGGAUUUUCAUAUGAAAACUGAGUCGAUGUGUUUUUAACAGUUUGAUUGGUUUCCACAUUGAACAGUUCCGGUGUGUAGUGGUAGUUUUUUCAGUUUACUGGCUUGAUGCUUGGUCCAGAGUGGCUAGAUAAUGUAUAAGUUAUGAAGAAGACUCGGUCCCGAGCUAGCCUGAUGACUCUCACUAAAUUAUUCAGCUGCUCUGUCGUUCACGACAUACUUUAGUCUGAGACUGCUAUCAUUGAAGUUGUUUGUGGUGAUAAGGGGCACUAUGGGUGUUGUACAAAAUAAAGUCAUUGGUAAUUG